GCCAGAUCCCGGCGGUGCUGGCGCGGCGGCUCCAUGCCGCGGCUUCGGGCCGCCCCGGCUCCUCCCCUCGCGGUGUGUGCGAGUGUGUGCGGGUGUGUGUGUGUGUGUGUGUGUGUGUGCGCGCGCGAGAGCGUGUGUGCGAGCGUGUGUGUGUGUGUGCGAGAGCGUGUGUGUGUGUGUGCGUGCGUGCGCCGGGGCCGCCGCCGCGCCUGCCUCUCGCAGCCAGCCGCGCCGCCCCGCGCCGCGCCGCCCCGCGCUGCUGGCGGCGGCCGGAGCGGGCGGCGGCGGCGGCGCUCGGCGAGCCCCGGGCGGCGCGGCUCGGCUCGGCGCGGCUCGGCUCGGCGCGGCUCGGCGCGGCCCGGCGGCGGCCGCCGCUCCCCGGGGCGGCGCUGCCCAUGCCGGCCGGGCAGCCCUAGCCGCGCCGCCUCGGCUCGGCGCGGCGCGGGGCGGGGAGGGGGCACCACUUCUCUGAGUCUCGCCACCACAUCGUUAUGGACCUAUUCGACUUUUUCAGGGACUGGGACUUAGAGCAGCAGUGUCACUAUGAGCAAGACCGGAGUGCGCUUAAACGGAAAGAAUGGGAGAGAAGAAAUCAAGAAGUCCAGCAAGAUGACGAUCUCUUUGCUUCAGGUUUUAACCUGUUUGGGGAACCCUACAAGACAAAUAAAGGUGAUGCCCUUGCAAACCGUGUCCAGAACACACUGGGGAACUACGAUGAGAUGAAGGACUUGUUAACCAACCAUUCCAACCAGAGCCAUCUUGUAGGAAUCCCAAAGAAUUCUGUCCCACAGACUCCCAUUGAUAAAAAUGAGCAGAACUUUUUCCCAGAACAAAGAAACAGGAUGAUCCCAUCUCAUCAGCUCAGUGGCCACUCGUCCACAUCGAUGCCUCCCCCCUCUUCAUUGUCAUCUAAUUCUACUUUGCUACACAGUCACCAGAGCAGCAGGAAGUCCAGGACGGACUGGUCUCGUGGUGGUCACAACUCUAAUGGGGCCCAGCCAAGCCAAUCCAGCAGUCAACAGAAUAGGACAAAGCAUAGCUCUUCUCAUGACCAGCCACAGGGCAGAUAUGAAGACCUCUACAGUUGUCAGAGUGAGCAGCAUAAAAGUGGAGGAACUGAGGAAGCAAAUUCUAUGGCAGCAUCUUCACAUUCGAGGAGGCACACUCACUCAAAGUCAGCAACUGGAGAACAUACUUACAAAGAAAACAGUCAUUCGAAGUCACCAACAGAGCUUGAGUUUGUAGGUCAUGGUCCUGGAUCUCCACUUCCUUCCACAUCUUUGUUAUCUACAAACAAUGGUCUUUCGACCCAGAAUUUCCCACCAGGACUUCACUGUAAAACUAGCAUGGUCCAGCAAAAGCCUACAGCUUAUGUCAGGCCUAUGGAUGGUCAGGACCAGGUCCCCAAUGACUCACCUGAGCUCAAGCCUCCAGUAGAAAUUGAGAGUGGGUAUGGAAAUCAGUCCUUUGGAACACUGUUGGAAGGAAAAGUGAACACACCUAGUUCGAAGAAUAAAGUACCAAAGCUUAACAUUCCUCCCGUUAGUGAAGUUACCCUUCCCAAUGACUCCAGCUGUGUGGAAGAAAUAUUACGGGAGAUGACCCAUUCCUGGCCUCCUCCUCUUACUGCUAUUCACACUCCUGGCAAGGCUGAGCAGACCAAGUUUUCUAUCCCAAGCAAGGUACAGGACUCCCAACAUCUGACCUCAGGAUACAAUGUACAAAAGUGGAGUGAUCCAGCAGGGAAAGUUGCAACUAAGUCAGUGCCACAAAAGUCAAUGCUUGAAGAUGAUCUGAAACUCAGCAGUGAUGAAGAUGACAAUGAACAGGCUGCUGAAAAGACAAAAUUGCGAAACAUUCCUGUGAACGGCCUGCCGGUGCCGGCAGCGCACACGGCCGGCUUGGCCCAUUCCAGCGGCGGCUCCGGGAGCUCCAGCGAGUCGGAGAGCAGCUCCGAGUCCGACUCGGACAGCGAGAGCAGCUCCAGCGACAGCGAGUGCAACGAGGAGUCGCGCAGUGCCACGCCGGAGCCUGAACCCCCCUCAACAAACAAAUGGCAGCUGGAUAAAUGGCUAAAUAAGGUGAACCCCCACAACAAGACCAUCAUCAACAGCCAGAAUGAGACGCACAGCGAGGCCAGCUCUCAGCCACAGAGCAACCAGCAGACCGAAGGGCAAAGCAAAGGGAAGCUCAACAGCAGCCUGCCCCCGACCGAUUCCAAAGACCGGGCGAUCCUUAGUCCCAUCCGAGAGAAAGCCAAACCGCGGGUUGCCCAGAAAACCCCAGAGGCAAAAAGCUCCAAGCAGAAGUCACCAGCUCAUAAUGAGCCAACUUCACAAAGGACUACUGGGAAAAAGCAACCCAAAAAGGUAGAAAGGACUUCCAGUGUAGAAGAGUAUAACUGGCCCAAACCAAAUAAUACCAGCAACACUCCCAAAGAAAAAGACACGCAGGAACCCCCUGAGCAGCCAAAGGUUCGAACUAAAGCAGCAGUUGGGAAGACGGCUCCAAGGAAAGAACCACGGACCAGCACAGGACUCACUUCUGAGAAGAAAAAGUACAGAGGCCCCAGCAAAAUCGUCCCUAAAUCCCGGGAAUUCAUUGAAACCGAUUCAUCUACUUCUGACUCAAAUACAGACCAGGAGGAGAGCUUGCAGGCUAAGAUACUGCCAGCUUGCAGCGGGCCCGCCAAUGGCAUCAAAGUGAAGGACUCUGGCAGUAACAUCCUCAGCGUAAGUAGUUUAACUAGCAACGGCAGUAACACAUCCAUCGACCAGACCAGCAAUGAUUUGGAGGAGCAGCUCUUUUCUCCUAUUCCAAUCGUACAAAAUGAACUCCUGUCCCCACUGAGAGAAUAUGAAGAACUCAAAUCUCUUUGGGUGAAAAUAGACCUUAGUUUACUCUCCAGGAUACCCGGGCAAGAGCCUUUUGAGACCACAUCUGUGAAAAGUGAACCAAGGGAGGCAAAUGUGAAACACAGACGACCGUCUCGAGAGUCCCCUACCCCAGCAGCUGAAAAACCAUCCACAAAAUCCAAAAGGAAACACAAGCAGUCCGAAAGCCUGGAUACCUUUGUUGAAAGCAAGAAACAGCGCCUGGAGGACCCUUCAGCUUCAUGCCUACUCCCACCUUGUAUCUCUCCAAUACCGAAUCACAGAUUAACCAGCACUAAAGAGAGCAGCAGUAGCUCAGUGAAGAAGGUGGCAAAGAAGAGAGAAGAGAAGCUGUUCCCUCCUCCCUUAUCCCCCCUGUUGGACGAGCCGGUGCACAGGCGGCACAGCGGCGACAACAGCUCCUUCAGCCAGGAGACCAACAUCACUAACACCUCUCAGACCAGCAGCUCAUCCUCCUCUGUUUCUAAACACAGAAAGAAUGAGAAUAAAUCCUCUUCUAACCCCAAAGGAAUCUGUGAGGAAGAAUCCCACAAUGCACCAACAGCCAAUGCUCUUCUUGACACCAGCCAUCUAGAAACAGACAUCUGGUCUGCAAUGCCAGCGCUUUCCAAUGGCAACUCCGAGCCCCGAAGGCCUAAAAUAACAUUUGAUGAUGUGCUUCACAAUGCAGAUUAUUACAUGCAAGAGGCUAAGAAGCUAAAGCAUAAAGCUGAUGCACUGCUGGAGAAGUUCGGCAAAGCAGUGAAUUAUGCUGAUGCUGCCCUCUCCUUCAUCGAGUGUGGGAACGCUAUGGAGCGAGAUCCAUUAGAAGCUAAAUCUCCAUACACCAUGUACUCGGAGACUGUGGAACUCAUCAGGUAUGCAAUGAGACUCAAGAAUUUCACAGGCUCUUCUGCCACAGAAGGGGACAAGAAACUAGCAGUUUUAUGCUACCGAUGCUUAUCACUUCUCUACUUGAGAAUGUUUAAACUAAAGAAGGACCAUGCUAUGAAGUACUCCAGAUCUCUGAUGGAAUAUUUUAAGAACUCCUCAAAAGCCUCGCAGGCCCCCUCACCUUGGGGCGGCAAUGGAAAGAGCACAGAAACGCCGUCACCUAUGUCCCUCAGCCCGUCCCCAGCCAGCUCUGCCGGGAGCAGCGCAGGCACCGCCGGCUCCUCCUCGGCAGGGACCAUCACCAUCCCUCAGCGCAUCCACCACAUGGCCGCCAGCCACGUCAACAUCACCAACAACGUCCUGCGGAGCUACGAGCACUGGGACAUGGCUGAUAAGCUCACUAAGGAGAACAAAGAAUUCUUUGUAGACCUGGACUCAGUGAUGGGACCCUUAACACAACACAGCAGUAUGACCAAUCUGGUCCGUUAUGUUCGCCAAGGACUCCACUGGCUCCGCAUUGAGGCUCAUUUGUUGUAGUGACUGCUGCCCUGUUCAUAACAUCGCCAUUGCUCUACCUCUACCAGCGCACAGACGAUCACUGGUGGAACUCCACUCAUUUCUGGAAGUUUAUUCAUGUAACUUCAUUUUUAUUGCCUUUUUUAAUAUCCUAUCUCUUGGAAGUAGAAGUCACCAUAAAUGGAACUUACGACUUAAGAGCAGUAUGUGUUGUACCAUCUACUCAUUUUCGACAAUUUUCUAUGCCUUGUGUCUCCUGGAUCCUGCUAUCCUUAUGUGCUUUAUGGAACGGUACAUUCCCUGCAGUAUUGUUUUAAGUCCAUGCUGCCUUCAAGUGAAAACAAAAAAGCACUUUGAGAAGAUAUGGAUUCCUGAGAAAUAGUACAAAGCAUCUUAAAUAUUUGAGGGCAUAUAAGAGAAGUCCCUUCUGAAAUAAAUUAGUAGAAGUUAUAGCUAUUCACUCAAAAUCGCCUUCUGAACCUGAACCAAGCUUUUCGCCACUUAAUUCUGGCAUCAUUACCUGACACAGUACAUCAUUGCUAAGAUUUCAUACUUUCUAUAGGCUUAAUCUCUAAAAGAGAACAUUGAAUAUCUUACAGGUACAUAGUGUAAGAUCACCAAAGGUGUUAGGAGGUGAAAGGUGAAGGAAUGCCUCAUUAAAGAAAGAUGACACACUAUGCAAUGAGGUUUUCAUAUUCUGUUCUACCUGUUUAUUGUCAGCUUAAUAAUUUCAGUAGGCAGCACAAUGCAGUUUUUAGGCAAUUUCAAAAUAUUAGCUUUCAUAGUCUCAUCUACCAUUCCUAUACUAAAUCUGUAAAUUUUCUUUCAGUUUUACUGUUUAGUCUCAAACAAAUAAUCAUCCAAGGUUUUUCUUCAUAGAGCAAUCUCUUCUUGCAUAGUGACUCAGUGAAAGCAGAUUUUAUCAGGAGCGCUAUAGUUUAAGGGUCAAUAUUGUACGUAAAAGUCCAUUAAUAACUGUAUGCACAUUUUUCAUGAAAUUCUCUAGAAGUUUAACUAACCAGCUACUGUUGAAACAUUAUAAUUCCAUAUGACAUCAAUUUACACCUGUUUUGUUCAUUUCAGAGCAUUAGAAACAAACAGUAUUAUAUUGCUAUCUUGAAAACAAUGACAAAUUAAAUAAAAUCACCAGAUUUACCCAAAAGAAAUAUAACAUUUGUUUAAUAAUGGCCAUGAAUUCUUCAGUCGAAUUACCUAUUUUCCAAGCUCUGCAUCUGUUUACCCAUGCUGUCAUGUUUUGGACCAUUCUUCUAAUGCAUGAAUAAUAAUGAGACAAUUCAGAUAGAAUUUCAAAGCAAUUGUGAAUAAAUUAGACCAUUUCACAUUUGCUCUUUCCUCUUCUUCUUUUCCCCUGUUAUAAACUGCACUGCUGUUUUGGUGCCACUGCAAGAAGCGCUGGUGCAUGAAACAAAGCAAAAUGAAUUUAUAUCAGUAUUUCACAAGACUUUAAAUGGUCUCAUCUCAUUCUUGAUGUAACUCCUGCAUACUAAACUGUAAAUUCCAUUUCUAUAAACUGAAAAUGCUCACAGCAAUGUAAAUAUUAUUCUGUCUCAUCUCAUUGAAAUAAUACAAUAUGUGUAUUAAAUGCCAUCCAGAUAUUAGUUAAUUGCAAUUACCUUCUGCUAUAUAAUCCUGUAUAUCCUUUAAUCUGGUGAGUUAUUGGAUUCUGCUCACUGGGUUGUGACCAGAUAAAUAGGACAAAUUUCCAUUUAAAAGGUUCAGACUGUUAUGAUUUCUAGAGCAGGCCUUGCAUAUUUGCAAGAAGAGCAGUUUAAGGACUAUGCCCAGUGCACAUUUAAGACAAACAUCACUGUAGGAGUUGUGUAUGAGUUUCCUUUAAUACUCCUUUCCCUUAAAAAUCAAUAAUUCCUAAUAUUUUGUUCCACAAGAAUGUAUUGCAAACGCAGCCAAGGGAUCAUUAUAGAAAUCAUCCAGUUUGGGGUUGUCUGCAAAGGACAUUUGCAGAAUGUGCACAUCCUGGGUUAUCUGCACAUUCCUGUUCCUACAGCGGUCGAUAUACCGUUAUCUGUUCUUUGAGGGUUUUGGUAACCUGGCUGAAACAUGAAUCGACAGCAUUUGUCACGCUCCUUCUGGCCCCAGUAUCUAAUGAACAAAACCACAACAGUGAAAGCUAUUCAGAAAUGCAGAAGAAAGAUUUUUUUUUUCUGGUUUUUUUUAGAGGAGAAAAAGAAAUACUUGCAGAAGGCUUUUUUUUUAAGCAGAGUGAGUAUUUGAGAUGAAGCAAUGGUGGAGUGGUUUUGUCAUAAGCCAAAGUUUUCCAUUCCUUUUACAAGGUCCCACUAAGGAGGUUCAGUAACUAUUUAGUCUAAUUAAGUGCAUUGUCGUCACUUUUUUCUUUAAUGUAGACUGAAAUCCUAGACUGCCAUGAAUUUAUUAAGAUAGGUAAGUCUUGAAAUACAGUCUUCAGAGACAAGACUGUUCAAAGAGUUAGCUGCAGUCAGUCAGUGAAGUCAGCCUAUUAUCUUUCCCCUCUUGCUUGUAGUAAACAGACUCCUAUCUCUAAAUUUAGCCUGUGCUCACAAUCUUCUGCUUAAACAGCUUAAGGAAUUAACGCACCUGAUUUUGCAUCCUGUGACUUAGUUUGAAAUGUAUGCAGAAUCAAUGGCAUGAUUCUAAUAAGUCCAGCAGUCUAGCCUAGGAUCACAAGCCAACUUACUAUUUAGCAGUCUUGUUUCAAAAGCAGCUUAGGAACAAAUUAAAUAUGGGGAGUGAAUUACCUUCUUAUCCCUGGGGAUGAUGCUUCUUUUGGGUUAGUUAUUAAGGAUUAUUGCACUUUUACAGGCACUAUAUUCAUCUCAUUUCAAAUGCCAACAUGUCAUCUUUGUGGAAUCGUUUUACCCCUUAAAAUAUUACUUCAAGCAGAGUUAAUCAAAUGAGAUUGUUUGUUUGUUGCAGUCCACAGGGAAGCAGCUUGCAUUUGCCUGGGCAUUUUCUGUGUCUGCUCUUAACACUGCCCACUGCAGGCAUCCACAGUCAUGAGCCAAGCACCAAAAAUUACAAGAUUGGCUUCAAAUCAUGUUUUUUUUUAAAAAAUAAACUUUUUAGGUUCCUCUAUUUGCCCUCUGGAUCCUGAGGCUUUGAGGCUGAAUUCAAGACAUGUUUUCAGGCAUUUCCCAAGCAUGCCGAGGGCCAGAAAAUGACACAUUUAUUUUGAAUAGUGAUAAACUGAGACACUGAUGCAAUUGCUUGAUUUCUGCAGCUGGGCUUUAAGGAGGACACUAAGCUCCAUAUAAAAUUGCCAGAGCUGACAAGACUGUCAUUUGUGUCCCAUGCUUCAGGAGGUUUGGAGCAAUAACCAUAGCUCAGCAGUGAAGGGAGCAUGCAAAGCAAAGGGCUAAAUGCAAACAUUUGGGACCUCCAUCAGUACAAGAUCCUAGGGCAGCAAAGUCCUAAGUGCUUGAGUGAGGCAUUUACAUAGCACUUAACCUCCAUGUCAAGAGCUACAGCAGGUCUUAAGUGAAGCAUUUGACAAUGUGCAGGCAGAAUAUCCUGCUUUUAGUGCAGUGAGCAUCUCCAGCCAUGUGACGUGCACUGGGAAACAUGGUCCACGAGAGCAGGGCUCAAAAGCUUGAGAUGAUGUAUCCCAUAUGGGCUAUGUUCCACUGGACCAUGUCCUGCUGGUCGCUAGCCUCAGCUGUGCUCAGCCAGCUGCUUUGGAAGGACCAGCCGCGCUUCCCACUCUAGCAAACUAACAGCAGGGAAAGUUCACACUGAGCUUGGAUAGCCAGGUUUGGCCCAGUAUUUGUGAUUUUAUUUUAUUUUAUUUUAUGUACUUUGCUAUUUUUUAGUCAUUCUGGUUUAGCUUGCAGCCUUUAUUUUGAUAGUGUUGGUAACAUCCUUCCCAGCUUGCUUCUCAUAGCUUAAUUUCUCAUUUUCUUACAAGGUCUUUGGGCUUUUAAUCAUUUAAAUAGCCUCUCUGUGAAUAUAUUGAUUGUCUCAUUUAUAGAUGACCUCCUUCGAAAGAUAGGGACAGGUCUGUUGAUUUCAGUGGUGUUUUUUUAAAGAAUAAAGGUCAAGAAUUUUUAUUCCUUCUAAUGAAACAAAAUCUGAGAAAUUGAAUCUGGAUCUUGAUUUCUAUGAUUUUUUAAUUUCACAGAUUUUAUGAUGUUCUUCCAUUCUAAUAGUUUGGAUUCACUGACAAGUUCUUAGGUACUUUGGAAGAAAUGUUUUCAUUGUAUUUUUAUUAAUAUGUAGUACUAUCUAAAUCCAAUGAUUAGUUUUGUGAGUGCAGCUUAAAAGAUUGAAAAAAUGGGACUGUUAAAGAAUUCUGACUUAGAUAUUAAUAUACUUUGCUUUGAGAUGGGGAGAAACUCCACUACAGACAGUAUUGAAAAGUGUAAGAGUGUGUGUGUGUGUGUGUGUGUGUGUGUGUGUGCGUGCGUGCGUGUGUGCGCGUGUGCACAUUUGAACGGAUUUGCAACAAAAAAUUCAUGCUCAUUUUUCAUAGCACAGGAAAAAAGAGAUGGUAGCUUUAAAGAGGACACACACUUAACACUGCAAAGUGGUAGCAGAGUUAUUAAGGUGCUCCUCUGUAGCAUGUGUAUAGUCAUCUUUGCAUCUGUUGUCUCUUUGCAAGCAAAGCAGGUAUCUCAGAAAGUAAUAACUCUAUCAUCUUGGUCAUGUGGUCACUGAAGUCAAUGUAAAAACUGAAAACGAUGUCAACAUGCUGUUAGGGCUGUUGUUUUUUCAGAAGGUUAACCCAUUUGCAGCAGUCCAGUGUCUUGAACUUUUAAGAAAGACAAAAUAUUUUGCAGGUCACCAAAGAAAAUGGAUUUGUCAUUUUGAACCAAGUAUAGAGAUGCCCUUAUACAUGGGCAGCCCACAGAUCCAGGUGUCAUUGCAAGGGGUCUUUGUCUCCCCCAGCAUCUCCCUGACUUCACUGGAGUGCUGUAGGGGUUUGACAGAAGGAAGCACACAAAAAAACAAUCCACCGUCCUUAUGACAUCUUCCAGUUUUACUUUACAUAGUAUUUUAUAAAUACGAAUAAAACAGGUCUUGUUAAUAUUGGGAGGACUCAAUUACCCUGAUACUCCUGUAUGUCCAUGAUAUAACCAGAGCACUGGACACAAUAAUGCAUACAGGCAUUCUGUAUUGUCUAGUGAUAUACAUAUAUAUAUAUAUGUAUAUAUAUCACUUGAUAUAUCAUAGCCUAUGUAUAUAGGCUAGAAGCUUGAUUAGUCUCUCUCACUAUCUAAACCUCUCUGCUACUGAAAAUGAAAUGUUUCUACCUGGCUUAUAGAGUAGUUGUCAUUGCCACAGUGCUCUGUUCAACCUCCCUUUCUGAAUUACUUGGUAGUUUUACUUUAGCUACUCCAUUUCAAAGAUAUUUGGUCUAUUUAUUUUGUCUUCCAAGAUCAGUGCUUCUGGUCAUCUCACACCAGCUUAAAUACGUGGUGGUGGCUGUCGAAGUCAGAAGGAUAUUCAGAUCUUGUGUACAGCCAGCAUGAUCCCAUGGCUCUACAGACAGAAGUGAGAGCAAGCUCAGAUGCAGAUGAGUUACUGCAUACAACUGGUGUCAGAUGAGAAUCAACCUUGAGCAUGUCGGGGCACUUGAAGAGAAAUACUGUGACGAUAAGCUGUGCUCAGAGUAACAGGGUACAUAGCAACAUCUCAGGCAGCUCAUUGACACUAAUUGCAUUAGGCAAUGGUAAAGGUGUGAAUAAUCAUUUAAAGAAACUGGGGCGAGUUGAUGUGGGGUGGCAUUGUGAGUUUAACUUGUGAGUGCUUGUUGCUAUGUCCUGCAAAAUAACACCUGUGACUUAGUAUCAUACACAAUCCUAAUAUGGCACCAUCCCAUUCAAUUCAUUAGUCUGCCUCGUGGUACCAGCACAUAUCACAAAGAGCUAAUGCUUAUCACUGCCCUGAAGUCACCAUAGAGCUAAAUCAUUUUCCCCUCACAACUUCCCCAAAGGCCAAGCCCAGGGACCCAGCGGUCAGCUCAAGUAGCAACGUACGUGCUCCCCUUUGGAGAGGGGCCACCGAGAGGACGUUGCCAAGCCCAGGUUUUGGAGCAGUGCAGAGUCCAGAGCUGCCAGAGCCCUCAGGCUGCUCGAGGCAUUGGACCAUGUGUCAGAGCACUGUGGAUCCACCAGGCAGCCCUGGCCGCUGUCCUGGUGUGCAGGAGACACAGGGGGGGCCAGUGCCCAGCAGGUCUGAGUGACCCCAGCCCACCGCCUGCAUGCAGAACUGUGGCUCUGCACUGCUCUGAGCUUUGGUCCUCUGUGCCUGCAGAUGGGACUUGGAUUUGAGCACUCACUUCUACCUGCUCUGCAUGUAAAAACACCAAACAGGUUGACAGAAGCGUUGCAUGCUGUAACAUCAUAAAACUAAGGCAAUAUUCACUGUGUGCAGAAUUGCAAUUUGAAUUGUAGUGUCCGCAGGACCACUCGUGCUUACAGGACUCUUGUUGAGUCCUACUGAUGCCAGUGGUAUAAGCCAUAUGAGCAGAUGACACAGCUGUUUGAGACUUAUUUUCAUCUUUGAUUUUAACUGAGUUCCCCUCUAUGCAAGUUCUCUAAGCUCUCUGUGCUGGAUAUGAGUUUAGUCACAGCUGUGCGAGUAUCACCCUGUUGUAAUUCCAUUGAAAUCCAUUAAGUAGAGUUAAUCCUCAUUUCUACUCAGUUAUCUCCUUCUGUGAGUUAGAAGGAAAAUCAAGCUCUUAAGUGAAUUUUAUUGUUUUAAUGAACAAUAAUAACUAAAAUGGACCAAAUUUUGAGCCAAGCAAAUGUAGUAUAACUUGGCUCAGUCCAUGGAAUUCAUUGGACCAAACGCUGCUGUCAUACGACAGUUGGGCAAGUCUGGCUGAGUUUGUUGAGUGAAGGGAGAAGCUGACUAAUAAAUCUGGCGUAGUAUUGCCAGAGUUCAACUUAUUGGACCAGAUGUUCACUUGCAUUAAACCAAUUCCAUGGAAUUACACCAGUUUUGUUCUAGCCAAGCACUCACCCCACUUAAAGUAGUUGAAGUGUUCUGGAUUGGUGCUGGAGCGACUGUGCGCAGACUUGCUCUUCAACCAGACCGUGUGUUGACUCAGCCCUUGCUCAGGGAAACCACCAUUGACUUCAGUGACACAUAACGUGGACUUACGGACUUGAAGAAGUUUUGACCCACUGACAGGAGGCAUUUACUGCUGAAUUUAUGAAUGAACUGAAUUGUGGAUAACAAACAUGCUUUAUUUAUGACAGAGAUAGAGUACAAGUUCCUCAACUGGUGUAAACUGGUCCAGGAGUACUGAUUUCAUUGGAGUUAAUCCAAUAUGCACAUGCUGAGGAUCAGCCCCUUUAACCCCAAACUAAUUUUUACCAAUAUAUCUCUAUGCAGACAAACUCCCAAAGCUUUUAUCAUCAUGCCUUUUCUACUGAUCAUGCCAAUGAAAUGAUUAAUGUACUAUAAUCCUUGCCUGCAAGGAAAUACUGUACUUUGCAAAGCUAUGCAGUAUGGAGCGCAUCGUAAAACUGCUUUAGACCACAGAGUCUGGAAAAGCAUUAUCAGAAACUAGACGACCAGCGUAGCUUUUUAUCUGAUGUUGAUUACACUUUCACUCUGCACUCCCACCACUGAGAUUUUUACAUAUGGAGUGAAUGAUCAUUGCAUGUUUCUGAUGACUGUGGGCCAAAGCUUCGGCUGUGCCUCUGAGUAGCUCCAUAGAUGUCAGUGCUGAUUUACACCAGCUGAAAAACUAGUCCUCUGUCUUUUCAGGCUGUGUUAUAUGGCCUAAUGCAGCUUUAUAAAUAUAUACUCAGGCUGAGUAUAUAUUGAACUCUUCUGAUUGAGCACCAGAUAAUCUCUGCUAAAAGAAUUGGAGGGUAAUUUCUGCCUGCUGUCUAGGCUUGCAUAUGUUUUGUUUUUAACUAAAAGGCAUGCUGCAAUUUCCUUACCUCUGAGUUUAGAUAUUUACUGGCAUCACCAUUAGUUUGCGUAGAAAAAUGGCAAAUAAAUUCAAAUGUGUCAUAAAUGCUGUCAGUCUAGAGAUGGAAUCUGUUACUUUAGUUCAAAGAUAUUACAGCAGGCUAAAGUGUGUUUUCUAAGCCAAAUGGGUUUUGUACAUUCAGAAAUCAUGGCAAAUAUUUAUCCAGGCCCAAUUCCGCCCUUCUUCCCCUGAGCAUCUUAACCUGCAGGUUGCUCCACUGAAAGCCACAGGAGUAACUCUGUGUACAGCAGUGCUCAGCACCCAGAUCACAGAAUCAGGCACUGCGUUAGUUAAGUUGAUGCAAUCGGGAGUGUAAUUUUAGCCGUAUAUAUCAUUUGAGAACAUUCAAAAUUACGUAUAUUUUAUCUAAACUGACGGUCCUUGUAAUUCCAUAAAAUAUUGUAUAAUUUAUUCCUGUCUGCAUUUCUGACAUCUCUGGAUUGCGUAUUUUCUACUGGAUUUUAAAUGCUGGGUUUUUUUAAAACCCAUAUUCAAAAGGCCUAAGAUGUAUCAUCACAUAGUAUGACAACAAGUUGAAAGAUCUGCUUAUUUUUUUGCUUUAAUUUUGGGCUAUCUGGUUUAUGUUUUGUUUUUGGUUGUAGCACUCUCAGUAUUUUAAAAAAGGCUUAGUUGAAGUUAAAUUGUUUUCUGUCCUCUGAAAAAGAAAAAAAUGCAACUAAAAUUCAGGAAAAGGAACUCUGGCACCUAAACAGAUGUUUGCUCUUUCUCGUUGCCCGGUUUUUUUUAACCUAGCAAUGUUGGAAGUCUAGUGUUUGCACUCUCUUGCCUACCAUUUCUGGCUGUUUUAGCAAAUAAAUACCUUUUCUUCGUGUGUGUGUGUGUGUGUGUGUGUGUGUGUGUGUGUGUGUGUGCGUGCGCGUGCGUGUGCCAGUUUGUGUGUAGAAGUAACCAAAAUAUCAGGAAAAUUUACAUAUGCUUUCUUCUGGUUCCUGGAAAUAAAGCAACAUGAUGACCUUAUGGUCUUCCAGCAAAAGUCAGAUUUAAUUUCUACAUUGCAGUGCAACUUAAUUAGCUGUUGGAAUUAGAUUGCAUUUUGCUAAAUGGCCCUUUACCUUGCAUUCUUACUUUUUCAUUUUCUAUUGAACUAGCCUUUUUUUUCCCUCAUGUGUGCAAAUAUCAUAUCAAUAAUCAUUGCAAUUCCACAAGGUGUCUUUGUUCUGAACAAGCAUGUUAUUCUUGUAAAGUUUUAAGUAUAAGUUGUUUUGUACAGACCAAGGUAACUGUUAAAAUGUCAAGCAAUUACUGAAAUGUUGUAUAGUUAUAAAAGUUUGAUUUCUUUUGCUUUAUAUGUAAAAAAUUGUAUCUUGCCUGUUUUGCUUUGUAUUUCCUACGUGUUGCACAAUUAUGCAUUUUGUUUACAUUUGUUUCUUCUUCUUCAAAAAAAGAAAUAACAGUAAUACUUUAUGUACAAACAUUUUAAAUGUACUUUUGUUGUUUUUAAACACAAUGUCUCUGUAUAAAUAAUAUUGGUUGAACUGGUACAUUUGUGUCUCUCAUAGAGGGAUUAAUUAUACUGCCAGUGCAUUGAAUUAUUUAAAAAAAAAGUAAAAUAAAAUUUUUAUGAAAAUGUA